AUGUCUGAUAUUCUUGUUCGUUUCAACCUUCAAGUGCAAAUCAUGAGAAGUCAAGGGUAUGAUGGUGCUAAUAACAUGCGUGGUGCUUGGUAUGGACUACAAGCAUUAUUUCUUAGAGAUUGUCCAUAUGCAUAUUACGUCCAUUAUUUUGCCCAACGUUUACAACUCACGUUGGUUUCAGCAGUUAGGGAUGUCGCAGAUAUUAAUUCAUUCUUUUCAGAUUUGAACAAUAGUUCGAUUGAUAUGUAUGCUGCAACUUGCAAGGUACUUGAGUAUCUUAGUAAUCAUUCUCCAAAUAAUGUUGGCAAUCAUAGAUGUGCUUUGUCAAGCCCUUCAGAAAAAAAAACUCAAGAUAGCUUAACUGCUAUGAGAUUUGUCCAUACUAUAAAAACCAUCAUUCAAGAAUUGAGAGAAGAUCGCUGGGAAGAAUUUCUUGAAGAGGUGAAUUAUUUUUGCUCAAAAAAUGAUACAUAUAUACCUGACUUUCAUGGUUCAUACAUGGUUGGUCGUUCUCAUGGUCGUGAGUAUCCUACCAUCGAACAUCAUUACCAUUUCGAUAUUUUUAAUGCAGCCAUAGAUUUUGUAAUGACGGAGUUAGAUACAAGAUUUAAUGAGACAUCAUUAGAACUCGUUUCUCUUGGUGGCAUUGGAUCCGAAAAUUCUUUUGAAUCAUUUAACAUCGAUAAUAUUUGCAAGCUUACAGAGAAAUUUUAUCCUCCAGAUUUUACAUAG